CGUAGUCACGUGAUCGCCGCGUUGAGGCCUGGUGGCGGUGCAGGCUUGGGACUAGCCUGAGAUUCGCCUCGGUUACCCAAACCCUCGGCACUUAAAUCGACGCCUUCGUCGUCGUUAUUUGUCGUUUUACUUCGUUUUGUUUUACCUCCAGCAUGGCCAUGCCCUCGCUGACGAGCCAUGGGCCGCGGCCCGUGCCCAUUCAGUCGACGGCGGGAGCCGUGCCCGUGUACAACGAGAAGGGCGAGCUCUCCAUGGAGAAAGUGAAAGUGAAGCGCUACAUCUCGGGCAAACGGCCCGACUAUGCUCCCAUGGAGUCGUCCGACGAAGAGGAGGGGGAGGACGACUUCAAGCUGCGGCGCCUCCCCAAGGAGGCGGAUCGCGAUGCGGAGCGCGACCCCCCAGCGCUGCUCUCCUCCUCCUCCUCUUCCACCGCGGCCAACGACGCUCGACUCAAGCGGCUGCAGGCGCGGCAGCUGGAGGACGACGUGGAGGAGAGGCUGGCCCGGCACCGGCAGAUCGUCGAGCCGGAGGUGUUGGAAGAGGAGGAAGAUGACGACGAUGACGACGAUGAUGAUGACGAUAGGAGAAUCCCUCUCGCCGACCGAGAGGACACAAGCGAGGAAGAGGAGGAGGAGAUUGAUGACGAGGAGAUCGAGCGGCGGCGCACCCUGAUGCGGGAGCGAGCCAAGGAGCGCGAGGAUGACGAGACGGAGCUGCUGGACGUGGAGGACGAGGCGAAGUCGGGCGGCGAGUCGGGCUCCGAGUCGGAGUACGAGGAGUACACGGACAGCGAGGAGGAGGCCGAGCCGCUACUGAAGCCCGUCUUCAUCCGCAAGAAGGAGCGCCUCACUGUGCAGGAGAAGGAGCUGCAGACCCAGAAACAGAAGGAGCAGGAGGCAGAGAACAAGCGCGUGGUGGAGGAGCGGCGCAAGUACUCGCUCAAGAUUGUGGAGGAGGAGGCGCGGCGCGAGUUCGAGGAGAACCGGCGCACGCUGGCGGCGCUCGACACCAUCGACACGGACAACGAGAACGACGAGGAGGAGUACGAGACGUGGAAGGUCCGCGAGCUGAAGCGCGUCAAGCGGGACCGCGAGGAGCGCGAGGCCGCUGAGAAGGACAAGCUGGAGCUGGACCGCAUGCACACCAUGACGGAGGAGGAGCGGCGGGCGGAGCUGCGCGCCAACCCCAAGGUUAUCACCAAUCGCGUGUCCAAGGGCAAGUACAAGUUCCUGCAGAAGUACUACCACCGCGGAGCCUUCUUCAUGGACGAAGAGGAGAACGUGUACAAGCGAGACUUCACGGAGCCCACUCUUGAGGAUCACUUUGACAAGACCAUCCUGCCCAAAGUCAUGCAGGUCAAGAACUUUGGCCGCUCAGGCCGCACCAAGUACACUCACCUGGUGGACCAGGACACCACGGCCUUCGACUCGGCCUGGGCCCAGGACAACGCGCAGAACACCAAGUUCUACAAGCAGAAGGCAGCCGGCGUGCGUGACAUUUUCGAUCGGCCGGCCGUCAAGAAGCGCAAGACGGCGACGUGACGGCAUGGCCGCUGUUGUUGACGCCGUUGGCUGCGUUCCCCUCGCCCCGUCGGAGUUCCCUUGUCCCACCACGAGUGACGAGAGAAUACACGCAAGUGUGUGUGUGUGUGUAUGUCUUUGUUGGUGUGCGCAUACGUGCGUGUGUCUCGUGUGCGAGGGUGUGCGGGUGUUUGUGUGGCUGGAGCGGUAGUGUCGUGGUUUGCACGUUGCAUUGCUCCGAACCUGUCUUGUGUGGUAGCGAGAGUGUGUGUGUAUGCGUGCACGGACGUGUGUGCGAGUUUGUAUGCGUGUGGAGUGUGUACGCAAGUGUGUGUGUGUGUGAACUGAACGUAUGCGCAUACGUCUGUGUACGCGAGUGUGUGCGUGGGUAUACGUGUGUGUGUUGGCGAGUGCGUGCGUUGGCAAGUGCGUGCGUGUCCGUGUGUUAGCAAGUGCGUGUGUAUACGUG